AAUAUCAAAGAGAUCUGCUCUAUAUAUACCAAUAUGAUUUCACUUUUUUUUUUUGCCUAAGGUAUUACUUAUAGCUCCAAAAGCCACAUCUUCUCCCUUCCUUAUGAAGAUCAAGACUUCAUCUUCAGUAGUUGGGUUUUUGAUAACCUUCCUCAUUGUUUCCUCAUUCUUUUCACUCACUCUGUCACUCUCAACCUGCGAAAUUCGUCUCUCUAGGCGUCAACUAACCGCCACUCCAUACACCACAAUUAACGAAUUCUUGGUUCCUCACAACCUUAUAAGAUCUGAGCUUGGACUCCCUCCCCUCAGAUGGAGUAGAAGGCUUGCCAAUUAUGCCUCUUGGUGGGCCAACAAUCGACGGGGCGACUGCUCGUUGGUCCACUCGAGGAGCGAUUACGGCGAGAACUUGUUCUGGGGCAGUGGGAAGGAUUGGAAGCCAGGUGAUGCAGUUGCAGCAUGGGCCGAAGAGAGAAGGUACUAUGACUACUACACUAACUCGUGUUACCAAAACCAAGAUUGUCUUCACUAUACACAGAUGGUUUGGAGGAGCACAAUGAAGAUUGGUUGUGCCAAAGUCACUUGUUACAAUGGGGACACUUUUAUUACUUGUAACUAUGACCCCCAUGGGAAUGUGAUAGGCCAAAGACCAUUUUGAAAUGUUAAUAUAUAUGUUUUUGGUUUUUGAUUUUGAUGGUGGUUAAAGUAGUAAUUUAUGGAUUUUGAUCAUGAAUGUCCAAACAUUUGUAUGUAGUUUUCUUGAUUAAACGGUGUCAUUGGCAAGCAGUUGUGAGACUCAACAUUUUGUAACAUAAAUUUUAGUCUAUGACUACUGCGUUUGCAUUAUUAGAACGUUCAAAUUCAA